GCAUGGAUGGUUGUGGUUAAGCUGUUGUUGUGGAUUAUUGUGCUGUGGAAUCUGACAAGGAUCUCUCUGCAAUGUUAAUAAUCCACUGGAUUAUCAUUUGUCUGUAAAAAACUGAUUCAUGAACACUCAAGUUUCGCUUUGGUGGAAAACCUGCAGCCAAGGCGUUCAAAUGUUACGGCCGUGUAAGUCACAAGCAACCUCUUUGGAGUGUCCCAGCGUAUUCAUGCGCUUUGGUACUUUUAAACAGGGUGUGCUGAUAUUUUGACAGCAGGCUGGGCGAUAGCAGAGGUGCAGUGUGGACUUUGCAUGUUUAUCCAUGACCAGCCACAUCUUGUCUUAUCAGCACACAUGCCAUAUAGGAUGCUACUCUCUUUCAGGGCUCCUCAGCAACGCAGCUGAGAGCAGUAGGUUUCACAGAACACCGUAUACCGCGGAUAGUACACCAAGUCUGUCGAACAAGGGAAACAAGCACCUCGCACUGAAUCUUGCAGCCGGUAACACAUCAACCCGACUUGGGUCUUUGUCACAAACAGUGUUGCAUAAGUAAAGUGUUCGGCUUCUGCUUUGUUCAAGACGUAUGAUCCGUACUGCUUGUUUUCAGCAUGAUAAGUAGUAUCUAUUAGAGCCCAUGUCCUCUUUGAAAUACCAACACCGCCACUUUUACCUUCGUGGUGUGUGCUUUCUUGAUGACACUGCGUUUCCUCUCGUGAAAGCCGCCGUGAUUAUAUAUUGUUGGCAGAGUUUCCUCUGAGUGCCCUGCCUUGCUUCAGUACAGGUUUGCACUGCCCCUGAUAAUACCAAUAAACCUUUGAACCUCAGGGCCUGAGUCACAUCUUCAGGCUAUCGCACAAGUGUGUUAAGUGCAUGUGUGUAGAGAACAGAGGACAAACCGCAGCUGUACUUGCGCCACGCUGGACGCUCUCGAGCAUGUGACAACAGCCUCUUAAAAGUGUGGCCGAGGUGUCUGUAGUCAGAGAGGCGUCUCAUUUUUGGUGGCUCUCUUUACGCACUGUGACCUCGGCUGUUCUGCACUUCUUUCUGUUUCCAUAGCGAUGGAGUCUUUCUCUGGGGAUACGGAAGGAAGCACCGAUGACAUUCCAGGACGUAAAAAGUUCAAACUGAAAUCUCUGAAAAACCGUCUCUUCGGGAGGAGUAAGAGAGACCGUGGAGAGGGAGAUGCCAAACUCAGCCAGUCAGCCGGUGAUAUCACUGCAGAAGAAGGACCCGGAUCUGAUUUGGAAGAAGAUUCGGCAUGCUCCCAGGGGAUGAUGGGAUCAAGGGCAUUGUCCGCCGACAGCAUCUUUCUGGCUGAUCAGGUCCUGACAGACGCCAAACCAGCUAAGGUCUUAUCUCAGGAAAACGUCCAUGGCAAAAUAAAAGCUCUGCAGAUGAAGCUUCAGCAGCAGAAGAUGCACCUGGGGCCACCGCCUCUGGUCCUGCCAGUCAGACGCGCCGAGGAUCUGGGAAGCCGCUCUGAGGAUGACGGUCCUGCCCUCGGCCCCCCCGAGAUCCCGGAAGCCCUCAGCAAGGCCACGUCGAGGCCGUUGUCUCGUCCACUCUCGCCCCUCCCCAACCCUGCACCCAUCAAAUCUGGGCCCCUGUCUCCAUCCCUCCCUUUGCCCCUUUCUGUCUCCUCAAAUUCCUCUUCCUCUGCUGUUGAGCUGCCGUUGGACUUCAACUCUCCAGUCCAAGUCACCCGCUGCCUGGACACUUCUGCUGCACGCCAUCGGAUGUCUGUCAGGCCCAAGAAACAGAGAGCCAGCACCAAGAAAACACCCACUGCAAAUUACUCCAAUGAGCAAAAGUCUGACAUACACAUUCUAAACAACAUCAACCGCCCUGUAUCUGUGAGAGAAGAAGAACAGCCUGCUUGGACUGAAGAGGAGCUGAUAUUGGAAAAAGAACAAGGAGAGGCUGUUAUUGUUACAUCUCAGCAUCUUCCAUCAAAACCUCCAGAGGUGGCACCAAUCGCCUCAGAGGCAGCAUGCAAAUUAUCCAUCCAGACUGUUUCCCAACAGGACCAAGCUCUUCUUGAUAGAGUGUCCUCUGCAGCCUCCCAGAUACUUAGAGUCAAGCACCACAGACCAGCAGAUGUAAGGCCAAGUGAGCGGCCCCACUCCUCCUUUAUACAGCCAGAACUAAAAGACAGUAAAGACAGGGAUUCGGAGAUACGAGCAAUGUCCCUUGACAAGAGAAAAACCCCAAACAAAGCCGGAAUGGCUGUCACCCCCUGCGACCAGCUCUCCUCUAACUUCAGGUCGUCCUCUGUUCACCAGCAUGUUCAAAGUGAGAAGGAAAGCACAAGGGGAAUAACGAGACCCACCCCAGGAUCCGGGUCCUUCCAUAUUUCAAUGACCUCUGCCAAAAACCGGGAUGCAGAAAGACCCCGAUCAGGCAGUUUUGUUGGAGUCCUGGAACACGUUGAAGCCAGACGAAAGGCCGAGGAUCAACAAUCAUCAAGCACGAGGGAAAGGGAAGAGUUAAGAGGGGGCCCCUUUGCUGUGGGAAGACUCAGGCAAGGGGGAGCUCCACAUAAAAUAUGGGACAGGAAGGACAGCCUCAAACACGUGGAACCAGUUACACCAUCUCAAAAUGUCACCACAGAUACCAGCGCGGCGAGGGUGGAGCAGCUGGAGAGCAACCAGGAGGUGGUGGAGGUGGCGGUAGAAGCUCAGGAGGUCGAGGAGAACGAAGGAAAGUCAGCGUUUGGCGUCAAACUGCGCGCCACAUCUCUGUCGAUGAGAUUUCGAUCGGAUUCCUCUCCGAACCAUCGCGCCAAGCUGCCAGUGUGUGAGGAGCAAUGUGACCAACUGAAAAGACAGGAAAUAAGAGACAUUGAGUCAAAAAAUCCAAUCCCAUCUGGCGUCUCCCUUCCAGUCAAGCACAACACGCUGCCUACCGACAAUCCUCACACCAUGGCAACCGAAGUCCAAACAUCCUCCUCAAACCUCAGAGAAGUUGAAACCUCCGUCCAGGAGUUGCAGCCUGCCCCCCAAACGACCUCCUCUGAGGUGUCCUGGAUAAGCAUGGCAAUGGAAAAGACCAGAAGUCUGCAGCAGCUUUUCACUAAUAGAUUACCCAGAGAUUUUACAGGUGUGCAGACAGCAGCUCGGCCACAAGCGCAGACGGAGACGCCUACAGGAGCGCAAGAACAGACGCAACCUGUAAAACUGCAACAAAGCACAACAACAAUAGAGGGCGCAAAUCAAUCCCGGACUGAUGCCGUCAAAGCAGAAAAGGUGCAGAGUGGAAGUCAAACUGAGGCCGUCAAACCGUCUCCGGCGUUGGCAGUGCAGCAGAAGACGCCUCCUCUUCAGUCGAGCGCUUCCAGGGAGCCGCAAGCGGUAAAACCAACCGGUGAACCUCUGUUUCCCGCACAGUCUGUACACAACAAUCCAUGGACAACCCAGUUUCCAUUGCACUCUUCUACGCCACCAGAGACCUCAUCUCGGGCCCCACAAGAGGCCGGGACACAGUCUCUUGCACAGUUAUACCUUUCCUCGGGCCAGCAGCAACCCCCCCGGGGCAGUCGAGGUGUUCACACCGCCAACCAGCUUCAUUCGACAAACUUGUGUUCUACCACAUCAUCCGCUUCAUCUCAGCCAUCCGUUUCUGCCUCGGGAAGCGGGGAGAAAGACGCCCCCACGCAGGAAAAAGACGACGCGUCACUGUCAGGAAGGCGGGCAGUUUGGGCCGGGUCCGCAGGCGAGAAGGCUUCUUUUUUGGAGAAACGGGCAGAGUGGACCACUCCACCUGGAAUCAAGGGGGUGGACUUGAAAAAAGCUCAAACAGAGGAGCAGGUAUCAGGUGAAUCCCCAGCCGUGGAAAAGACCAAGCCCCUAAAUAAAGACAUAAAACCAGUGGGGCGACAAGGAGUAAAACUUGCAGAGUCAAGUCCCACCAAAGUUCCAGAAAGACCCCGUGAGGACAAAUGGCUGCGGAAAAACGUGGCGCCAUCUUCAUCGCCCUCAUUGUCACCCACAAGGCCAUCAGUGUUGCAGUCCGCGACUGACGGCGGACAGCCGUCCUGGAUGGAGCUGGCAAAAAGGAAGUCAAUGGCCUGGAGCGAUAAGUCCAUGGACUGAGGGGAAAACAGACACAGAGACGGUUCUGUGGAUGCAACAGUAUGAGGGGAUCGGCAGACAAAUUGUGUUGUUGAGUCUUUCACAAAGAUGCAGUGGAAACUCUAUUGAGGCUGUUGUGAUUGUGUGAUGACUUUCAUUCAGCUGUUAAAUAUUAGUUGUAUCGAGAGACAGUCAGAGAGUAUCUAUUGACAACAUCCAAGUUUAUUAUCAUCCUUUUCCACCGCAAGCACUUCCAAAUAAAUGGUAUUUCUGAGUAAUGUUUUAUGUGAUUCAGCAUGUCACUGCUGAUGAUAGUUUGUUAAAUAAUGUGUUGAUUGUCAAAUGCGUGUUUUUUGUUUUUUGGGGAAAAUAUUGAAUAACAAAAUUAAAAUAUUCAAAAACAUUUUAACUUGUUGCGUUGAGGCAACCCAGAGGGAAUACAGAGCAACCCCUAAUAUAAUUGUAGCAUCUCUUUAAGACUUUGUGUGGAGAGUGUGAGUCAAGAUUUAAAUAAAUGCAGCAACAUAUUAACUGAGCUUUUCCCUGAGCAUCAACCUGUCAUUAUGGGAUGUCCACUCACUCACUAUCAUAGCCUGUAGAUCAUCCUGGCAGGCCAUAGCUGUGAAAAGGGACCAUCGCUUGCCUGAAAUGAUUGGGUUUUAAAAGGUACUUUAUAAUGCCGUUGCUGCUGUAAUCCUAUGAAUUUCCACGCUAGAGGACUAAUAAAGGGUUGUCUUAUUGCAUCUUAUCUUAUACUA